GGCAGAGAUAACUCCAGAUGGUAAACAUAGAGUAGCCUCCCCUGUCAAUGCAAGCUUGGUUUGUUGACCUUUGCUUGCUGAAAAAGGCGACGAUAAGAGAAACAAGAAACGCUAGCUCACCUGCAGUCUAUCAUAUUAUCAGUAUACGAUUUGAAAACCUAAGCAGCUGUCAUGGCUGCUCGGAAUUUUGUGGAGGGUGAAUGUGGUGGUGCCAACCCACUCUUGAAGCUGACAUCACACUUAAUGCAAGAUAAAGCUUACCAGCAGGAAGCAUUUGGACAGGGACAGAGGCAGCAACCGCAACAUGUUCAAUUGGUGGAAGAGUUUUUGUCAGGUCAAAAUGUAAUUAUGGCACCUCAGACUUUCCACAUGGGUGGUUUACUGCAAGAAAUGCGAGACAUCGAGGAAGCAGAACUGGCAUAUGCUCCACAGCGAGGACCAGGCAUCACUGAGAUUGCUGCAGAUGGUGAAUGGGCCAGUGAGUUCCUGACUACAGAUCAGCAUGCAUCUGCAGUCAGUGAAGAGAACAGCAUAGACAGAUUUAAUGUUCUCCACUCCGAUGUCAGAUGGGCAGCUGACUAUCUUGACCAGAGUGAACUUGGAGAAUGGGCUGUAGGGCCGGUCGAGAAAAGUGUUGAUGAUAGCAAAUGGCUGGAAGAGUUCCACUCGCAAGUUACUGCACAGCAAGAUCUUGAAAAGGCAGCAAAUGAAAUUUUGGACCGAGUAAAAGACCCGAAACUCAGCAGUUCAGAAUUUAUGAAGUUUGUGAAGCAAAUUGGAGAUGGCGAAGUCACCAUCCAAGACAAUACAGUUCUGACUAAUCCCACAGGCCAACAGGAUGAGGACUGGGUGCAGGAGUUCAGAACGUUACAGGGUGCUAAGUCAGUAGCAGACAGAUGGGAGGAAGAGUUCUCGACCCAAGAGACUCCUCAGACAGACUCUGAGAUCUGGGACAGGCUACAGCAACAGUGGCUGGAUGCUGACAGCAAUAUUGGUCAGAGCUGGUUGACUGAGUAUGAGGAGACUGCAGUGCAAGAGACAUACAAGUUUGAAGAGAACAACCCUGCAAAAGAGCAUCCUCAUCCAUUUGAAGAAGGAAUUAAGCAUCUGGAGAAAGGAGAUAUUCCAAAUGCUGUCCUGUUCUUUGAGGCUGCUGUGCUGCAAGACCCUAGUCACACAGAGGCCUGGCAGUACUUAGGCACUUCCCAAGCAGAGAACGAACAGGAACCUGCUGCAAUAGCAGCACUGACACAAUGUUUAAAGCUACAAGUAGAUAAUCUGACUGCAUGGCAGAGCCUGGCAGUGAGCUACACAAAUGAAUCUUUGGGAUCUUAUGCAUGUCAUGCCCUGAAAUCCUGGCUGAAGCACAACCCAAAGUAUACUCACCUUAUUUCAAGUCAGCUUCCAGAAAAGCCUGUGACAUCUUCCUUCAUGACUUCGAAAGAGUAUGAUGAGGUCCUGGAAUUGUACCUGCAGGCAGCCAGGUUGAUGCCAAGUGACAGUGUUGAUGCUGAUGUGCAGUGCAACUUAGGCGUUCUGUUCAACCUCAGUGGGGAAUAUGACAAAGCAGUAGACUGUUUCACCGCAGCACUUCAAGUCAGACCCAAGGAUGCUCUGCUUUGGAAUAAACUUGGUGCAACACUCGCCAAUGGCAACCGCAGCGAGGAAGCUGUUGAUGCAUAUCACAGUGCACUUCAGCUGUCUCCAGGCUUCAUUCGAUCACGCUACAACCUGGGUAUUGCAUGCAUUAACCUGGGAGCCUACAAAGAGGCAGUGGAACAUUUUCUGACAGCUCUCAACAUGCAGCAGAGAAGCAGGGGUCCGUCAGGCCAGCAGACACAGAUGUCCAAGAACAUUUGGAGCACCAUGCGAAUGACGCUGUCUUUGAUGGGUCGCUCUGACCUGUAUUCUGCAUGUGAAUCUAUGGAUGUUGGUGCUCUUAAUGAAGAAUUUGGAAUGAAUCAGUGACUUUUACAGAACAUGGGUCUCCAUGUUCAAGGUGUAUAUCAUUUUCCUGAGGAAUGUUUUCAGAGAAACUAUACUUCAUAUAUGCCAAGUUGUGGUUUGUUGGAAAUGGACCUUGUUUUCUUGGUGGAUGAAGCUUUAACACCUGCUCCCAAAUGUAAUCAAUACCUGUGCCAGAUGCCCAUGGAUUCACUUGAUGAUGAACAGUUUAAUCAUUUGGAGAAGCUUCCAGGGAUUCUCAAAAAGAUUUUUUCCUAACCUGCCAUCCUUAGGCAAAUUUGGAAAGCUUUUUUGGUUGUUUGGUAUAUUUAGUUAUAUCAGAUUUGUGUCACAUGCCAUAGCACAGAAGAUACAAAUCAGUUUUCACCAGAUCAGAGUCUGGCUGGCUUCAUACUUAGUUGCAACUGAUUCAGUCUUAUAUAUUCUGAGAAUAGAGACAUUUUCACAUUUUCUGAUGUACUGACACAUGCACAUGUAAGCAACCAUGGACUGUGUGUGAGUGGGGGCAUGGGAAGGGUGGUUAGAGAGAGAUGUAUAGAAAUAUUAAGAGGUCACCAUGGACUAAGCAUGUGUGAUAGGGCACGUUACAUAGGAAGGGUGGUAGGAGAGAGAUGUGUAUAAAUAUUAGAGAUCAUCUUUUUGUGAAUAGGAAAUGUAUCCGUUGUGCUGUGUACAGGUAUGAAGAAUCACUAACACAGGGCAGUGAAGACUAAAAUUAUGUAGUGGCCACACUGAAAUAGAAUGUCUUUCGGAUGCUAUUUUGUAUACAGCCCAAAUGAAGCUUCAUAUGAAACCUACAUGAAGUUCUGCUGGAGACAUGAAAAGUGGUCUUGGGGAAUGAUUAUUAUGAUUAUUAAACUAAACCUUUCUCAAGUAUGCCAUUGAUUUUUGGGUGUCAGUAACUGCUUUCUACACACUGAAAAAAAAUACUCCAGGAUAUUUGUUGAUGUUGCAGCUUUAAGAUAAAUGGUGAAGUAUUACACCAUUAUACACUAGUGACUUGGUGAAAGGCCAUGAGGUGUGAUCCUUCUCCUAGAGAGAGUGCAGUAGAGAUAGGGUUAGUGAAAGAAAUUCCUACUUCCAUGUCCCUGCAAUGACAUAUCAGGGGUAAUUUUUGCUUUCCUGUCUCUGCAGUGAUAUGUCGGUAGUAUUUCCUGCUUCUAAUAAUAAUAAAUGAAAGAUUUGUAUAGUGCAUACUCACACUGGUAAGGAGCAUGCUCUUAGUUCUUAAAACAAGAAUGAAACAUGGACAACAUGGGCAGCAUAUGAGGAAUGAAAGAAUAAACAACAGUUCUGAUGACAAAUAGAAGACAAAUCUGGAAAAAGCAAAGAGGAACCAAGUAACAGGAACUGAGAAAAUCAUGAUUCUGCAGAAAAAGACGAGUAGGAAAGUACCAAUAAGCGUGAAGGGAGGGAAAAGGAGUUAGCAUUGUGUGCACUAUGUUAGCAGUAAUGCUCAAGGAAGAGGUACGUUUUCAGUGCACAUUUGAAGGAUUCAGUUGUAGGUAGGUGACAGAUAUGGAAAGGGAGAGAGUUCCAUUGUUUUGCUGCAUGAUAACUAAACAUCCUGUGGCCAUAUGUUGUUCUGGUGACAGGAACAGUUAUGUGAAAGUCAUCAGAUGAAGACUGUAGUUUUCUGGCUGGGAUGUAAGGGAAGAGCAGUUCAGAGAAAUAAUCAGGGCAGGAGCCAGCAGAAAAAUUAAAACACAGCACGGACAGUUUGUACUGGAUGCCAGAACGGAUGGGAAGCCAGUGUAGAAAACAAAAGAGAGGAGUGGCGCAGUCCCAUUUCCUAGCUCUAAGCACCAGACAUGCAGCAGAGUUCUGUUCUUUCUGAAAUCUCAGAAUGAGGUGAGAGGGGCAGGCUGCAAGUAACGAGUUGCAUUAUUUAAGCUAGAAAGAACAAAUACAGACAAGAAUGUGGGUAGCACACAGAAUGUGAUGGAUGGCGCUGAUCUUACGAAGCUCAUAAUAGGCAGACUAACAGCAGUAACUUGUCUAUCAUAAUCAACUGACAGUCGUGACUUGUCUAUCACAAUAGGUAGACAGCUUUAAUUUGUUUAUCACAACAGGCAGUCUGACAGACAGCUGUAACUUGUCUAUCAUAAUAAACUGACAGCUGUGACUUGUCCAUCACAUUAGACAGACUGUCAGACAGCUGUAACUUGUUUAUCACAACAGGCAGACUGACAGCUGUAACUUGUUUAGCAAGUCAUGUCUGCAGUGAUAAUGAAUACCAGGUUCCUGAUGGAGGAAUAAAAAGUGAUAUUGGUUUUGCCCACCUUGAUGUGAUUGGGCAGACUGAUGAGCGAAGGUUGAUUUCUUCUUCUAGAGCAUAGGAGGGCUUCCAUAUUAUCAUCAUUUAGAUUAAGCUUGUUUUUUUAACCAUCCGGUCCUUGAUGUCACUAAUACAGGCUUCUAUGGUGCUAGUAGGAGAAUGAGACUCAAACGGUGGAGUGGAGCUGUACAGUUGCCUGUCAUCAGUAUGUGAUUGAUGAGAAACCUGGUGAUACUGGAUGCAUGAUGAAAUGGUUUUAUGUACAAAAUAAACAGAAUCGGGCCGAGUACUGAGCCUUGAAGGACCCCACAGGAGAGUGGAGCAGGGCAAGAUGCUUGAUUACCAAUGACUGUUGGUGAGAUAUUCCAUACGAAGGAGCGGAGAAUAGUUCAUAGUGUCGAAUACAAGUCCAGUAGAUUUAAGGCAGAAACAUCACUGCUGUCAAGGGCAGUUAAUAUGUCUGUGGUUACUUUAGAGUAGUUUGGGUACUGUGAAAAGGUCUAUAUGCCAACUGAGCAUAGGGGAUAAGAUGGUGCUAUUGUAAGUAGACACAGAGCUGUAUGAAAUCUACUUUCUCCAUGAUCUUGGAAAGAAUAGACAAGUUGGAAACAAGUUGGCUGUGGUUACUCAACACAUUGACGUCAAGCAUGGACUUCUUAGCAAGUGGCCUCACUAGGGCACUUUUAGACAAAGAUGGGAACAUAUCGGUUGACAAACGUCUCUUCCCCUGUAAUGACAUGUUAGUAGCAAUUUCUACUUCUCUGCUUCUGCAAUGACAUGUCAGCAGACGUGAAACCAAUCGUGGAUACUCAGAAGGUUUAUUUAUUUUUAUCAUGUCCCCAUUGCCUCUAAAUCAUUAUUUCUCUUGCAGAGCUGAUGUGCUAAGUGUUUUAAGUAUGGUUUAAGGAUUGCAGUGCCAAGGCCAAGUGUCCAUAUGUUUACAUGCUGGCCUGCUCUGUCAAUUAAAGUCUUGCCUCGGGUCUUAAGGUGUGUUUAUAAUGCUUGUCACCUCUGUUCAAGCCUGAUAUGUAUUUUUUGUCUAUUUUUUUUAUCAUGUCCUCCUGCAAAGGCUUGUUUUAAAUAAAUGCUUGUCACCUUGGUGUCACUUGUAACAACUU